AUGCUGCUGGCGAUGGUGGACUUUUUGAUAGUGCCGACAACGAUCGCAUCUGGGAAAUCCUGGCUACUUCUGGCCCAGCGGAACGUCUUUGAAAGUCGUACGUUGACCUACGGCUUGCUAAUGCUUUACUGCGGCUUAUUCGCGCAGAUUCUUGUCUUCUUAAUGUUCCUAUUCCUCUAUCGAUAUUCUGCAGUUUACAUUAACUCGCGGCUUGCCCGAAAUUCCUUCCAAAAGAACGUCGUGCUAUCUUUGAUAGUUUCAUUCAUAUUCUGUUCUAUUUGGCUAAUCGACACUCAUCUGGUGACCGGAUGUACGAUGCAUCGUCCCGAUACUUUUGCGCCGUUGAACAGGAUUUAUCAAGCAGAAUUUGGGCAGGGCCUGGAAGGCAUCAGCUGUAUUGGGCAGACUUUUGAGAAUACCGGCCCGUUACACGAAUUAUUCGCCUACAUCUCAACACUAACCAGUAUCGUUUUUCUCGGUAUCACCUGGGGAGUAAUUAUGGCUGCCGGAAUUGCGAUAUAUCAUACCUUACAUGCGAGUCCGAAUGCUAGCAGAAGGACCAAAAUGUUGCAAAAAGAGCUUUUUCACGCGCUAGUAAUCCAGCUAAUCAUUCCACUUGUCUGCAAUUAUAUACCACUAAGCGCCGUAUUUUUCACGGCGAUGCUCGAAUUGCCAAUCAAUAUAUCAUUUGUAUGCUUUGCCAUUAUGUUGGACCCCAUCUUUGAACCGAUUGCGAUCAUCUACCUCAUCAAGUGCUACCGUUUCGCCGGUCUCACAGCGAAACGCAACGCAAUGUACGGCCUUAGUUGGCUCACCCUGCUCAUCACGGCCACCUGCGUGGUAUCGCAACCACCGCCGGCACCCUAUGGAAAUCAAGAGGGUCCGGCUGACUUUGUGGAUGCCGACCCGUACGGCGACCAGGACAAUGACAUGAAUUUUCUGCAGAAUUUCGCGAUGCGAAACAUGGCUGAAGUCCGCAUCCAAGACGCAGGCCAAGUUCCGGAGCCGGGAAUGCCAAUAUAUGCACAGAAUCUGCUUCAGCAACCAGAACCGGAAGCACCAGUGCCGGAUGAUAAUGGUGAAUGGGUGAUUCGCGACCUCGACGGGGUUAAUCCACGGCCCGACUACCAACAGCUAGGUAACGAAUUUAUGGAGGAUCAGCAGCCAGCGGGCUCAUCUCAUCAGGUCUUGCCUGUAAAUGUGCCGGUGAGGUGCCGCUGCCGUCCAGAGGAGCUGCCACCAGUGGAGGAGGAGCGGGAUGGGACGCAAUCAUUGAGUUAUACCUGCCAGAUAUGUGGAAUUUCUGUAAUCUUCUACAGCUUUGGGAUCUGGCUCUGGUAUGGGAUGAGCCAUCCAGACGACGAUCCGGAACUGAUAUCGAUUAUGUCAGCCUCCGCACAAAAUCGUCACGGCGAGACCGCUGAUCAACCCGCAACCUGGAGUCGUUUCCGGUCCACACCGACGCAGGAAAUUCUCAACCGAACAGCCGUGAAAGAACUUGACGAACCGAAUCUUCGCGUACGCGUGGAAGCCGAAGACGGAAGCUACCCCCUUCGAACUUCAUGGCUAUGUGAGAUGUGGAAAUGGGCUCUAACAAAACAGAAGCAGACCGGCCGGGAAGUAGCAGUGCCGAACGAUCUACCCGUGAUGCCGCCUCCUGACAUCCUCUAUGCACCGAAGGGCCCCGGAGCCAAAAGAAAAAUGAAAAAUGAGCUCGACCUGCUUGAUGUGCUCGACGAAACUGAAUUCACUGUCGUCCGCAAUCGCAUCCUUUUGAAUCCGGAGGGCAGCAAGGCCGACAAAGACUUGUCGGAGAAGCUUAAAGCAGCUCACCGAAAGUAUUCGGACGUGGUGAAACAAGCGAGGAAGCCUGCAGCUCCCGGUGAAGAAACAAUCAACCUCAAGUUGCUUGACACCGCCCUCACACAAGGGCCUGGGGGAGCAGAUGCACGCAAUCAGUUGGGUCGCCAAGUUCUGGAACCGAUUUACAGGGCGGCCGCUGAAUUCUGGCUUUCUUGUGCAGGGGUGGGUCUCUUCGAUGUUUUGCAGGCUUUUUGCAAGGACUCUGAAGAACAGGCCAAGUAUCUUACACGUUUAGUCGUCGCGUUAACAACAAACAAGGACGCGAUUGUCGUGCCAAACAAG